CCCGCUGUGACGUCACGCAGGGCGGGCAGGGCCGUGACGUCACGGGGGCGGAGGCGGCGGGACAAGAUGGCGCUGAACAGGAACCACUCCAAGGAGGGGGGCGUCGUGGUGCCCGGCGGCGAGAGUGUUCUCAAACAGUGCAAAGAUGUGGAGCUCUCCUUCAGUGACGUGACGGGCAAGCCUGAAGCCUUCAAAGGCACCAAGAAGGGGAUGCUGUAUCUCACCCCUUACAGGAUGAUCUUCGUGUCAAAGGGCAAGGAUCCUAUGCUGUCCUUCAUGAUGCCAUUUUAUUUGGUGAAGGAGUGCUCUAUUGAGCAGCCUGUUUUCUCUGCCAAUUACAUCAAAGGACAGAUCCACGCCGAGGCAGGAGGUGGCUGGGAAGGACAGGGGACAUUUAAACUGACUUUCAACAGCGGAGGAGCCAUCGAGUUUGGACAGCUGAUGUUCAAAGCUGCCUCUAGCGCUUCCAGUGGAGUUCCUCUCCAGACGCCUGGCUAUGGAUAUACGCCUGUACCCGGGGGGUAUGCACCUGCCCCGCCUGCUCCGGGUGGCUACGCGCCUGCUCCGGGUGGCUACGCGCCUGCUCCAGGGGGCUACGCACCUGCUCCAGGGGGCUAUGCUCCUCCUCCACCCCCCAAUGGCCCGUACCCUUAUGCACCACCUCCAGCGAGCGCCUACGGCCCUGCGCCGCAGCCCAUGGGGUAUCCAUACGCCCAGACUCCAGGUAUUUACCCACCACUCCCCAGCAUGAACCCCCCGUAUGUGGCACCUCCUCCCCCCUACUCUGGGCCUUCUCCUGCAGGACCCUCAGCCCCACCGCCUCCCGCAGCCUGGGCGGACCCAGGGAUGCCAGGCAGCAGUAAGGCCAUGGAAGCCGCUUCCAGUGCGUACUACAACCCUGCCAACCCACACAGUGUCUACAUGCCCAUGGAUCAGCCGCCUCCUUACACACCUCCUGAGGACAAGAAGAACAACUAACAGAAGGACUUGCAGCCGGCCUCCCACGCUCUCUCUCCCUGAAGACAAUUUGGCUGUUACUACCCAUCCGGUUAGCGCAUCUCUAGGUCUCUUUGUGUAUAUACAGUGUAAGUAGUGCUGGGCAGCUGAGCACCUGCCCCCUUAGACAUUAAGUCAGUGCCAAUACAAGGCAGAACAACAGCACUUUCCUGCUUCUUUGCUUUAUCUCACGGGGUUGAAGCACUAACCUUUUGCUCUGCCUCUGGCAUGAGGGGAGAGAUGGACUUUUUAAACCAGUAGACCACAUCACUGAGAGUAAAAUACGAAGGCUCUGGCAUUUUGGAGUAAAACUACAUGGAAUGCCAAACUUUUAACUUCUUCUGAAGCGCCACCAAAGAAGAAAGGUAUAGAAAGCCAUGAGGUUUCUCGCAUAGACUCCUGGGUAGCCCAGAAAGGUGUUAAAUUUCCUUAUACCGUGGCACAGCUCAGCCUAAGAUGGGACUCUGGAAAUCCUGUGUCAUGCUGGGAGCACUUUUUGUGUCCUGGACUAACAGUCACGGGGUGAUCCUGAGAUCAUCCUGAUCCUGAGAUGCGUCCUGAGAGGCACUGAAGCAUUUGGUGGUGUAAGUGGGAAGAGGACGGGCCCCAGCGUGGUGAGGCCAAACCCAUCAGCUCAGCACAAGCUCUGGGAUGGAGCAUCCUACUGCACUGCAAGAGGAGCAUCCUACUGCACUGCAAGAGGAGUUUCUGGGCACAGACAUACCUGCUUUGGAAGCAGCAGAUCCUCUGCUAGCGUUUCACCAUCUCCUUUCCCAUUUAACCUAAAUCCUUGCAAAAUAGGGCGGUAAGUGGAGGUGAGGCGCUGCACUCACUGGUGUCUGUGGAGAGCCAGCACUGCCUGGUGUCUCCUCCUCAGGCGUGAGCCGCCCGUUUGUAUUGACUGGAUCUCUGAAGGCACAGUGUGUGUUUGCUGGCAGGUCUCCGAUGUGCAGCGAAGCCAGGCUGCACGUAGUCACUUUUCAGAUGCUGGUGGUGGAGGAGCUGUGAGAAGUGUAACUGGAAACAAACAGCGACUCCGUAAAAUCAGCCUGCCUUUUAGACGUUGAAGAGAAAAGCAAACAAAGGUGUGCUGCAGAGCAGCGAGCCGAGAUGGGCAGGCAUGCGAAUCCUUCUGCAGUCUUCCUUCUGUUCGCUCUCCCAGAAGCAGGUCCCGUACCUGUGCAGUGAUCCUGUGCCACAGAGCUGUUCUUCACGCCUAACGGAGUUGAGCUGAGCAGGAGGCUGCUUGCCUCGGAGCAAGAUGUGUUACGUUAGGAAGAUAACCUGGCACUGGCCUUGUCAGGAGACAGGUCCUGCAGCCCUGGCUCCCUCUGCUGAGCAAGCUUGUGCCACCGUGCUGGGGAGAAGUGCCCUUUGUCUCUUCCUUCGGCUGUUACAGCCAAGACAGGCGUGCCCACAUCUGCGCAGCAUCAACGGCAGGUGCUGCAGUACUGGGAUUUGGUUGCUCAGGGGUGCGGUGCCCGCUCCGCUGGGAACUGCGGCCUGUGGUGUGGUGUUACUAACGCUCAGCUCUCUUGCAGAGGAUGUGGCUGCUCAGUCACAACCUUUCCUCCUUCCUUAGGACAUAGUGCCAUCAUUAAACCUGCUCUGACGGGAACCUCUCCAGUCUGGUGGAGACCCUCGUGAUCUUUACAUAUGGGGUGACUGUACUUCUUUUCUACAGCCUUCCUACCUUCACAGUGAAGGGGAAGGGGUGUUUUCCCUCUUUACCUGGGUGCCAGGGCUCUCCUGUGAGUCAGGCCUGUGUGACUUACCUGUUUGAAUUCCUAAAGCAGCCCUGCAUGGGGGGAAGUAAACUUCCUUAUCUAAAAACACCUUAGAGAUGUUCUAAUGACUCUGUAUUUAAAAGAAAAAAAAGUUUGUAACUUUUGAAUUGCACUUUAAUACAGAAGUGUUGAUACCUUGA